CUUGUGAGAUGUUCAUUACCAGUUGGCAGUUGGUUGGCGCGAGUCCGUGAGAGAGAUAGGUGAUUCGUAUAGUUCGUUGUAUAAAGCGUGCUGUAUAUAUAGUUAUAUUUUACGUACAUACAUAAGUAGAAGCUGUAAUUAUUAAUACUUUAUUUUAUUUAAACGGACGUUAAACAAUAUUAAAGCCAAGAUGUUUUGGGGUUUGAUAAUGGAACCGAAUAAACGGUACACACAGACCGUUGAAAAAUCAUUCCACGUUUCAAUGGCCAGUUUAGACCUGAUAACUGCCGAUGAUAAUUUGGUUCAAGUAAUGUUAUGCUAUGAUAACAGAAAUUAUCUACUAUGCAGUUUGAAAAAAAAUACCACAUGGCAAGUACCGCUUGAUUUAAAUUUUGAAGAAGGAACUAAGAUUGCAUUUACAUGUAAUGGUCAUGGUCACGUACAUUUAACUGGUUAUUUGAUACCUGAUGAAGAUCUGGAUUUAGAUGAAUUAGAAGAAGAGGAAGAAGAAGAAGAAGAUGAAGAAGAAGAAGAAGAAGAUGAAGUGCCAGAAUUAGUUGACCAAAAGUUAAAAAGAAAAGCAAAGGAUUCUUUAAAAAAUGACAAGACUACCAAGCGCCCUAAACAUGAAAUUAAAGCAGAAUCUUCGGAUGAAGAUAUAGAAUUAGAUGGCUUAAAUAAAGAGAAUGAUACUGAAGAAGAAGAAGAGGAAGAAGAAGAAGAAGAGGAGGAACCAAUAUUAGAAGAGGAAGAAGAAGAUAGCGAAGAAGAUGAGGAGGAGAACACUGAAGAGGAAAAGAAGAAAGUAAAAGUUCAACAGAGGGAUAAAAAGAAUAAACAGCAACAACAGCAACAGAAAAAAAAAGAAGAUAAGAAGAAAUUAGUAAAUGGAAAAGAAAUGAAACAAGAACAGAAAAAUAAACAGAAAAAAAAUAAAGAACUUAGGUCAUCUGACCAAAAUGUUCAAAGCGAUCAAAAGAAGAGGGUGGCAGAAGGUGGAGUACAAAUAGAAGAACUAAAAAUCGGCAACGGUAGUCCUGCAAAGAGUGGAAGAUUUGUAUCAGUAUAUUACGUAGGCCGUUUGAAAAAUGGAAAGAAAUUCGACUCGACAACACAAGGAGAAGGUUUUAAAUUUAGACUUGGAAAGGGUGAAGUAAUUAAAGGAUGGGAUGCCGGUAUUAUAGGAAUGAAAGUAGGAGGAAAACGGCGAAUUACAAUACCACCAGCUAUGGCAUAUGGAGCAAAAGGUUCACCUCCAGUCAUUCCAGGUAACAGUACAUUGGUAUUUGAAGUUGAACUUAGGAAUGUGCAUUAGGACUAAGGUAUUUCAUUGACUUUUAAAUAUUUGUUAAGCGAUAUGUAACGUAUUUUAAAAUAAUAAAUUGAACAUCCUUUUUUAUUA